AAUACGUUUACGUUUCCACUCUACAUUUAUCUGACACACAGUGUACUGUGUCACAACUCAACAAGUUAAAAAUGCGAUAACCAUUUUAAAGGUUAUUAAUUAUUUAACUUGACCUUUUCUGUAAUUAUUCAAGUAAAGGUAACGAGACUACCGAGACAGCAAGAUGGCCUCGUUGGAUUCGAAUACCAUCUCUUUGACGAGAUUCUUUUUGGCCGAACAGAAAAAAAUACCGCACGCAACGGGUGAAUUGACUCAACUAUUGGCCUCUAUUCAAACGGCAGUUAAAACAAUCAGCAGCGCUGUAAGAAGGGCCGGUAUUACCAAACUUUUUGGAACGGCCGGUAACACAAACGUUCAAGGAGAAGAAGUGAAAAAAUUGGAUGUUUUGGCUAACGAAUUAUUUAUCAAUUUAAUCAAAUCCUCCUAUUCGGUUGCUGUAUUAAUAUCAGAAGAAAAUGAAACUGUUAUAGAGGUAGAAACCGAACGCCAAGGUAAAUACGUCAUAGCGUUCGAUCCCCUCGACGGUUCAUCGAACAUCGACUGUCUAGUAUCGAUCGGUUCGAUCUUCGCCAUAUUCAAAAAAGAAGACAACUCCAUACCGACCAUCGACGAAGUCCUAAUGUCCGGCCGGAACGUCGUGGCGGCCGGUUACGCCCUCUACGGCACCGCCACCAUGUUAAUCAUGUCGACGGGUAACGGAGUGCACGGCUUCAUGCUCGAUCCCACCAUCGGCGAAUUCAUCCUCACCGAUUACGACAUGAAAAUACCGAAGCGCGGCAACAUCUAUUCGAUCAACGAGGGCUACACGCACCAAUGGAGCGAGGCCAUCCAGGAGUACGUCGACAACAAGAAGAACCCGUGCAAGGGGAAGCCGUACAACGCGCGCUACGUGGGUUCCAUGGUGGCUGACGUGCACAGGACGAUCAAGUACGGCGGGAUAUUUUUGUAUCCGGCUACGAAGGCGGCGCCGAAAGGGAAGUUACGUCUCAUGUACGAAGCUAUACCGAUGGCUUAUGUUGUUACGAAUGCGGGAGGAGCGGCGAGUAACGGGGAAAUUCCAAUUUUGGAUAUCAAACCGGAAGCUAUUCACCAAAGGACUGAAGUUUUUAUCGGGUCUGAAGAAGAUGUCGAUGAAGUUCUCCAGUUAAUUAGAGUACAUAAAGAGUAAUUGAUUAAAAAAAAUGCUUGCGG